AUGAGUAAUCCUAAAGGCGUCGCUGAGAACAUGCUCUGGGGAGGCCGCUUCACCCAGGGCCUUGACCCCCUCAUGGUGCAGUACAACAUGUCGCUCCCCUACGACCGUGUAUUCUGGAAGCAGGAUAUUGCCGGCUCAAUUGCCUUCGCCCGCGCCAACACCAAGUCCGGUAUCCUCACACCGCAAGAGUUCGCCGAGAUCGAGCGUGGUUUCAAGCAGAUCGCCCAGGAAUGGCAAACAAACACUUUCGUGGCCAAGGAGAACGACGAGGACAUCCACACCGCGAACGAGCGCCGUCUAGGCGAGAUCAUCGGCAAGGAAAUCGGCGGCAAGCUGCACACCGGUCGCUCGCGUAACGAGCAGAUCGCCACGGAUAUGCGCCUGUGGCUCCGCGAUGAGCUCCGUUUGAUCGAGAGCCACCUCUCCGAUCUGAUUAAGGUCUCCAUUGCCCGCGCCGAGAACGAUAUCGCCUAUCUCAUGCCCGGCUACACCCACUUGCAGAAGGCCCAGCCCGUCCGCUGGUCACACUGGAUCCUGUCGCAUGCCACUGCCUUCGCUAGCGAGCUGGAGCGUCUGCGUGAGGUUAUCCGUCGCGUCAACAAGAGCCCCCCUCGGCACCGGUGCCCUUGCCGGUAA